CCCGUCCGUCCGCGCUGCCCAUGCCGGCGCCUCGCCGUGCUUCCCUCCCUUCUCCAGCCUGCCUCCCUUCUCCAGCCGGCCGGGAUGGGCGUGCGGAGCGGCGGGCGCGGGCGGGAGCCGCGGGCAGUGCUGAGGCGGCGGCGGCACAUGUGGGGCGGCUGCUGAGCGGAGGCGCGUCCCGGUGUGGGGCUCCCGCUCGUCGGCAGCGGCGCUGGGGACGGUGCCGGCGGCCUGGGAAGGGGCAGCGGUGAGGGGUCGAGCCCUAGUCCCGGGCAUGGCGGAGACCCUGAGCCCCUGCUCCCCACGGGGCCAGUGCCAGCCCAGCAUGGGCGCCAAUACCUCGUCUGCCAACGUGGACGCCAACGCCUCCUCCUCGGUGGUGGGCGGCAGCGCGUGGAGGGGCCGGGAGCCCUUCUCCAUCUUCACCGUCCUCAUCCUGACCCUGCUGGUGCUCCUGACCGUGGCCACCUUCCUCUGGAACCUGCUGGUGCUGGCGACCAUCCUGCGAGUGAAGGCCUUCCACCGGGUGCCCCACAACCUGGUGGCCUCCACGGCGGUGUCGGACGUGCUGGUGGCGGCCCUGGUGAUGCCGCUGAGCCUGGUGAAGGAGCUGUCGGCCGGGCGGCGGUGGCGGCUGGGCCGGGAGCUGUGCCUCGUGUGGGUGUGCUUCGACAUGCUGUGCUGCACGGCCAGCAUCUGGAACGUGACGGCCAUCGCCCUGGACCGCUACUGGUCCGUCACCCGGCAGCUGCAGUACACGCUGCUCGCCCGCCGCCGCAUCUCCAACGUGAUGAUCGCUCUCACCUGGCUGCUGUCCGCCGCCAUCUCCCUCGCCCCGCUGCUGGGCUGGGGCGAGACCUACAGCCCCGAGCAGGAGCGCUGCCAGCUCAGCCAGGAGCCGUCCUACACCAUCGUCUCCACGGGCGGCGCCUUCUACCUGCCUCUCUGCGUGGUGCUCUUCGUCUACUGGAAGAUCUACAAGGCGUCCAAGUUGCACAUGGGGGCCCGCAAGAGGAACGCCGUGCUGCCCCUGCCCGAGGCUGCCCAGGUGAAGGAAGCUUCGCAGGAACCACAGAUGGUGUUUACAGCUCGUCGUGCAGCUAUCACUUUCCAGACAGAUGGGGAAACAUGGAGAGAACAGAAAGAGAAAAAGGCAGCUCUGAUGGUUGGCAUCUUAAUUGGAGUUUUUGUACUGUGCUGGAUCCCUUUCUUCAUCACAGAAUUAAUAAGUCCCCUCUGUUCCUGUAACAUCCCGCCCAUCUGGAAAAGCAUCUUUCUUUGGCUUGGCUACUCAAAUUCUUUCUUUAAUCCUCUCAUUUAUACAGCAUUUAACAAAAAUUACAACAAUGCCUUCAAGAACCUUUUUGUAAAGCAAAGAUAAAAGGGGACACAGAGGAGAAAACGAUUAUUGCAUAAUAGAGAGAUUUCUUGAGGGAAACGUGCCUGUGAUAUGAACAGUUUCCAUGCACAAGAGCUACUUGAGGGGAUUUAGGAGCAGUGAAAAAGAAGAUGGAAGAUGUCUGGAUAUAAACCUACUGAGAGUUUACAGUCUCCCCUUGGAAAUGCAGAUGUGCUACGCCAGUGUUCGGCAAAGAAGGUGGAAGCAGGGAAUGGCUCCCGUCUGCUCUUCAGUCAUCACAGGCUGAGGUGUGUCCGGUGCCGCGGCUGAUCCCACCCAGCCAGCCCCGGGGCCCUGCUGCAGCUCUCUCUUCAUUAGCAAAGGCACCCGUGGGAGCUGCUAAUUGAGCAAUCCUGACGUGUUUGUGAUAUGAACAGGAUGCUGGCUUCGGGGUUGAGAUUUAUUUGGGAGGAAAUAAACGUGCUGCAGUCAAUCAGUCCUUGAGUUGAUGUGAAAUUGAAGUGGAGGACCAAGCAGCUCAGAAACACAGCCUGCCAGGACUGAGGGCCUGUGUGUUCUGCAAGCAGCAGGGCUUGAUGGGCAGGCUUGGUCAGACAGGGUCAGCUGUGUCCCCUGUGGUUAAGUGAAGCUUAAGAGGCAAGCACAGAAUUAUUGAGAGCCCCCAAGAAUGUGUUCUCACUGCUUGCACAGGAGGGUCCAGUGAGGUUUUUCACUUGUGUUGUCCUCUCUCACUCUGCCAGGCUCAGACUCUCCCUGUUUUAUGGAACCCAGGUGAGCUCAAAUAGACGCCAACACCUCCAAGUGAAUUGGGACUGUGUGCAUGGUUAUUUCAUGCUACCAUAAAACUGAGCAGGCAUCUGUGCUACAAACACUAAACAGGAUGCUCAGUCACACCAGGUGUGCUGGCAGCAACGUGUGGCUGCUUGGCAGUGGUGGGUGAGUGUCUGCACCGUGUCUGGGGCCCUGCACCAUCAAUGUGCUCAGCACCCAACCUGGGUGAAGGCCACAAUUUGUCAGCUGGCAUAAACCUCCUCCUACUGUAACAAAGGUGUUGAUGCCACCAAGUUUAAGAGACUCCCCAAAACCCAAAGAGACUCAAACCCAGGCCUUAAAUCACUUUCACAAGAUCUGACAAACAUCCCUGAUCCAACAAUAUAUACAGAAAUAAUCUAUUUCCUUGCAUACUGCUAAGUCCAUCUUGCUCCAUAUUUGUUUCUCUGGUGGGUUUUACUUCCUCCCCUGCUCUGAGUGGGAGAGCUGACAGCAUCUCUGACUAUUUCUAGCAUGGCACAGAGUCCCAGGAAGCUUAAGGGAACUUGGCUGCACCUCAGGAGCACAGGCAGUGCUGUACCUCACACCUGCAGUGCUGUGACAGUCCAGUGUGACCUGCUGUGCCCACAGCCACCUGUGUGUCUUGCAUUCCUGCAGAGGAUGCUUAUCUCAAUUUCAGCAGGAAUUCAGAAGUUUUAAUUACCUAGAAUUUCAAAGAGUUGUUAGACAGUGACUCAGACUUAAAUGCUGAUUUAAAUAACUUUCCCUUGUGACUCUCAACUUGCCUGGAUAUGGAAUAGCUACUAUUCAAACCAGUGUUUGGAGGCGUAAUUAAACCAGAAGGAAUGCACAUAUGUAAGAGACUGAAUGUUACUAAAACUUGCAGCCUCAUUCAGAACCACUCACAAAUUUUUCAAGUCAAUUGAUUUUUUUUUCAUGUAAGAGAGUCACUGCUGUAAAACAUUUAAAAUCCAAACAGAUGACAUGGAAGGAGGAAAUGCAGAGGUCAUCUUGAGCUGGAGUUGAAAAGCAUACAAAUCUUCUGCAUUUGGAACUUCUAAGUUUCUAAUAGUCAUGUUUUGGACAAAUUUUAGUGCCUGUACUCCCUGAGCCUGGUAAGCCAAGGCAUUACUGUCACACAAAUCCAAUGCCAACGCUGAUGCCCUGGCCCAUCCCAGUCUGGCUGCAGUGAUCUCCAGCUGCACAUUCCGACUGACUGGAGCAGCACCCAGCUCCAGUUGCAGAAGCAGCACAGGCUGUGCAGGCACCUUCUGCCAUAGCUCUGGAACCUGGGAGGACACCACAGAGCUGCAAGGCGCCUGUGCAGUUCCUGCACCCGCACACCUGCAGGGCACUGCUGAGACACUGACCUGCAGCGCAAGCAGGAGAGCAGCAGCAGGGCACUGACACAGCUCUCCUCCUCCUCAAGGAUGAAUUUAGUUCCCUUAGGAGGCGAGGCUGGGCCUCUGGGAUUUUGCUGGAGUGAGGAGUUCUGAAGCGAAGCAGGCAGUGCUCUGCCCACCCAAGCAUCUGUGCCAGCAGUGUGUUACAGUGACGGGCUCACACAGCCGGCCUCCCUACACACCCAGAGGCAACGACAGGCAAGCAGAGCUUUCAUUUCAUUGCAGUGGCUUUAGAAAGCUUUCAACAAAAUCAGCUUCCCACACUGGCUCUAAAUGCAGACUGCAUUGAGAAGAGUGGCAGCUCAGAUUCGGGAUUUAAAAUUCCGGUUUUUAAUCACAGCUUGCUGUGGGGCAAAGAAAAUAUGUAUCAGUGGUUGCUGCCUAACCUGCUGCAUGCUCCCAUAUGAACUAAGAUUAAUGACACAGUAUCUUGACUAUCCAAGCAGAAAAAAAAAUAAUCAAAUAUUCUAAAGGGACAUCAUUUGGCACAGCUUAGAGGUUAUGUGUUUAUUUCCCCAAUAGAAGCUGCCAAUUUGGAGUACACCAAUCAUCUCUGCUUGUAAGCAGUGGACUACUAGUUUUAAACUUAUUUCCUGACACUGAAUUUGCUCUUAGAAAAAUUUACUGAAGCCUAUUGCUCUGCAGAAGGGCAGAGUUGCAUCCUGCAGCAAGGCUCUGAGAAUCCUGCAGCAGUGGCACUGUGGGAGCCCAGGAUGUGCAGGAAUGAAAGGGCUUUGGAAGAUGAGUGUGAGCAGACUAUGCUAAUAACCCUAAUAAUGAAAUUAGGUUUUGCUGCAAGUCCUGUAAGUGUUACUUUACAAGCCUUACAAGGUAACAGCAAAUGAGUUCAGGGCAAGACCUUUCUCUUUCAACAAGGAAAUACAGCAAUACUGAAGAAAAAUUCUCAGAAUUCCUUGCUUGCAACCAGCUGAGAUGGAGAAUUAAGGCAGAUUCUUCCUUGCUGUCAAUUCCUCCCCAGGUCCGAGGACAAAUGGCACCCAACGCACAGAGCCUGUGCCAGAAAGCAAAAACAACCGAUGGAACUGUUUUCACACCCUCACCAGCUCCUUUCUUCUCCUUUUCACAUGGGCCUCACACCAAAGGUUGUGGCCAUCUGCCCUGGGCUCCAUCUACAGCAGGCAGUGAGUUAUGAUCUGGACUCUGAUUUAUCCUUUGUGAGCAACAACGGCAUUCUACAAACCUCAGAUUUAUAUCUUAGUCAAAAUCAAACAAACCCUAGUCAGAGCAACAGAUCUCAUAUUUUUAUAUUUCUUGUGGAAGUUUCCAGGUUACUGUGUUUGUAGCAGGUAAGCAUAAAUUUUAACAUUAUACUGAACAAAUAAUCACAUCACUUACUCUUACAUGCAAGUUCAUUAUUUACUCUACGCUAAAAAGCAAUUGUAAUUAAAAUGAUAAAUCCCAAAUUGAAAUGCCCAUUUAAGAUAUUUUUUUAGAGUUGCAUGGUACACAAACACAGCACAGCUUGAAUUCCCAAGCAGGUCUCCUUGGUGCCAAAGCUGAGUUAUUCAAUUUACAAACUGGAAAGAGCCUUAUAUAGUUUUUAUAGAGGGCAAAGUUUGUAGACAGAAAUAAUGCCUUCUAUAUCAAAGCUGAGUACAGAAAGUCUGGAAGCAGCACUCAAUGCAGGUUUCCUUCUUUGAAGGAAUGCUGAGUGUAAAUUUCUCCUUCUUUGAAGGGACUUGGAAUCUGAUUUUGCCUUCAUUACUUUGCUAGCUCUGGGCAGACUGACUUUUUGAACAGAUUCAAGAGGGGCAGCCCAGAUCUAUUCCCUCACUAACCAGUGUGGGGGAGCAAGGUCCCAGCUGGCUCAGUGGGAAGGUUUCCUUUCUGUUUGUGCUGAAGGAGCAGGACAUCACAAACACAGUGACUCAUUUGACUAUGGACACAGUUCAUCUUUUAAUGCACUUGUAAUUUAGGAACCUGGGAAAGUUUCUGAGGCAAGUUCCACCUUAAAAACACGAUAUCAGAAUGU